AUGAAUGCGAUAAGCCUUCUAAAAAUCAGCAGCAGAUUGAAAAAGUUAAGAAAACGAAGUACAGAACAGAACAGAGCAACUCGAAAUGAGGGACAAGGAGCUUCAAAUCAAAGAAACCUGCCAGAAGAAAGCUCAGCAGAUGGGUUCAGCGAUCUAGAUGAGCUCGCAAAUCUUGAAGAACAGCUUGAAAUCGAACAAUUUCUGGCAGAAAUACGUUCUUCAGAAGUUCAGUCAUCCACAAUAUCCCUAUCGACACAGGCAAGGAAGGAAUUCAUUGCGAAUAUUCUAAUUUCACAGAGGGUCAGUAUGGUCCAAGAUGAGAGCAAAGAUGACUCAGAAGAAAACGACAAGGAGAGUGACUUAUUCAUAUGCCGGUCGAUUAGUGGCGAAGACACAAAAGAAUCUGGCGAUUCAAUGGCAGCCGGAAGACCGCAAUGUGCAAUUUGUCUAUUGGAUUAUGCCGAUGGUGAUGCGAUUUGUUGGUCCCACAACAAACGGUGCAAUCAUCACUUUCAUAAAGGUUGCAUGGUGGAAUGGCUCAAGUCAAAUGAUGAGUGCCCAUUAUGCCGCAACAACUAUCUUGCACUCAGUGACGAUGAUCGCACAGAAGUGGAUGGAAACUCUUCCUUGCCGGAUGACCCAUCAGUUUUCUCUCAAGGUACCUAUGGUUUGCCUUCCAUAAUUCAUAGUGACUCGAGUUUUGAGAGCGAGCCACCCUACCGCAUAGACCUGGAUCCGGUCGUCUUCCGGGCGCCAAACAUGGAAGAUUGUAUUCGUCAGGACAAUGUUUCUGCAGUCACUUCCAGCGAUGGUAGCAUCUACACGGAAAACGACUCAUGGAGUCAUAGUGACGAAGUGGAAGAAGAAGGCGCUGGUAGUAUCAUUGGUAAUUCAGACGCUUGGAGCUGCCCGAGUGUCAAUGACGUCGAAGACCUGCCAAGCACCGACAACUUUGCAAUCGAGCAUCGACCACGGAAUCGACAAAGCACUGAAGAAAGCACUGCACAAAUAGUACAGCGUGGUACCAACCAAGAAGUUAGUCUAGAGCUGGAUGAUUUGAUUGUAGACGGGCUGAUGCUACAGCUGGAAAAGAGACCAAGUAGCCGAGAAGUACCAAUUGGUAUUGAUCUUGAGAGCGAAUCCUGUACUAGCGUCUAUACUAGAAGCAGUGAUGGAAACUUCGGCUGA